ACCCUUACAGCCCCGCCCACUCGACAUACCAGGAAGAUAAAGGUCGCCUUUUUCGCUGUAUGACAACACUUAGUGUGAGUCUUCUGGGUGUUUAACCUAAACUAACGACUAAGUAAUUAAGUACAAUAAUCGCUAAAGUCUGCGUUAGUUGUCUUCAACUCUCUCGGCGCGUGUAGCUUGUUGCUACAGCUAGCCACUUCGCUACUUUUGUCAUAUUGGAGAGUGAGAUCAGCCCAAACUGCUGUUUGCUCCAACAUGGGCUCCAGGGCGUCCACCUUACUCAGGGAGGAGGAGAUUGAAGAAAUCAAGAAGGAGACCGGCUUCUCCCACAGUCAGAUCACACGUCUGUACAGCCGCUUCACCAGCCUGGAUAAAGGAGAGAAUGGAACUUUGAGUCGAGAGGACUUCCAGAGGAUUCCAGAGUUGGCCAUCAAUCCUCUGGGUGAUCGAAUCAUCAACGCUUUCUUCCCUGAAGGCGAGGACCAGGUGAACUUUCGAGGCUUCAUGCGGACUCUGGCCCACUUCCGGCCCAUCGAGGACAGCGAGAAGAACAAGAACCAAGCCACCAGCGAGUCACUCAACAGCCGGAACAACAAGCUGCUGUUUGCUUUCCGUCUUUACGACCUGGACAGAGAUGACAAGAUCUCACGGGACGAGCUGCUGCAGGUGUUGAGGAUGAUGGUGGGAGUGAACAUCUCAGACGAGCAGCUGGGCAGCAUCGCUGACAGAACCAUCCAGGAGGCCGACACCAACGGCGACAAUUCCAUUUCCUUUAACGAGUUCAUCAAGGUGUUGGAGAAAGUGGACGUUGAGCAGAAAAUGAGCAUCCGCUUCCUUCACUGAGUCAAUGACUCAUUUAAAAAAAGAAGUUUGUUGAAGUACAUGGUCAGCGGGCGACGUGGUCCUCUGUGCUGGUAGAAAGAAAGGACACAUCUCCCGGCUCCGCUAACCAGAAGGUGAAAUGAUGUGCCUUUUAUUUAUUAGCAACACUGCAAGAAAAGCAGGAAGUACAUUUACUUCAUUCUGCUUGAUGGAUCCUCUGCUGUGUGACAGUCAACAAUAACACUUUGUGCUGCUCCAUUUGUUGUUUGGUUUUUAGACCAGUGUUAGUACUGCUAUAUGUUGUCAUCAUUUCUUGCAGCACAUUCUCCUUCCUCGUGCUAAAGUCAAUCAAAGGCCGUCUUUUCUCUCGUACAAGCUAAUAUAAUAACAAAGAAAUAGUGUAGCUGUGUGAUGACUAAGAAGGAAACUUGUCAAGGAUUCAUAUUGUUGCUUCUAAUAAUCAUGGGUCAGAUUUAUUUAGACUGAAUAAAAAUGAUGUGCCAUA